AUAUGGGUAAUAAUUGCCCAAAUUUGAACUAAAAGCACAACUCUUCCUUAUAUAUGUUUAAAUGACAGAUUGGAGACAAAGAUUCAUAUUUUUUGUUAAUUUGUCCUUAAUUCUUCUUAACUUAAAGUUAAAAUUUUCCUAUAUAAACUUCAAAUCUUUUUGGUUGUUGAUAAUUUAUCUGUAAUUUAUUAAGUUUUCAAGAUUAUAGAGAUUUCUCAGUUUAGUUUGUGGACAACUUUUACUUUGAAAGGACAUCAGAUUAUGUUGCCUCCAGCGCGGCUUCGCGCACAGGCACGCGCCUCUCUGGACCGGACUUUUUCCUCCCGAAACUUUAUUUAAAAAACUAAAUACAAUACGAUGGGUAAGAGAAAAGAAAACAUUAUAUACUAUGCGGCCUGCAUAUCAGCAGUCAGCUUUGCAGUUCAGAGGUUUGGGUUAUCUUGAAUAUAGAGUUUAUGACUUAAAAAAAACCAGCAGUUCGUUUUAAAUCCAAUUCAACUUUAUUUAUAAAAAAGCGCGUCACAAACAUUGCGCAGCUCGAAGCGCUUUAUUAUAAGAUCAAAUGUUCUUGUAGCCUUUAUAUUUUGCACGUGCUCAAUUGUUGUGUAAUGUGAUUUAAAGUUCAGAUGGAAAUCUGUGCAAAAACGCGAGAUGGUCACAGUGUGCAUCUCUGUAGAUGUCUAUGUAUGAAAAUGUGCAAUUUAUAAACAGAAGGACAAGAGGUAAAUGUAUAAAAAUAAAGAGUAAAAGAGCAGUAACAAGUAAAACGUUGAAUUUCCAACAAAGGUACAGCGUCUGUGUACUGAUGUUAGAGGGCAUUCUGUAAAGUGACUGAGGAAAAGUUUUUUCCCCACAAGCAGUCUGGCAGUCAUUUUCUUGAUGUCUGCCCUCAGUGCAAAAGAAAAGAAAAAAAGUCCUCAUUGGUUCUUUGGUGAAUUGACUUGGCUCCAGUUACUUUGUUCUUUUCUCAGUGACAUUAUUUAUUAAAUGUAGAAAGUCAAUAACUGAAAACCUGAUCUGUAAACAAAUAAAUAAACUCAUAGUUGAACUGUGAGGUACGCACAAGUCCUCUUUUUUUGAUAGGUUUCCUUUACGUUGGGAAACCUGAGCCGUCAGCCUUUCAAAGAACUCCCACAGAUUCCUGAUUGCUUCAGCAGACCAACCCAAACACAAAGAGCGACAGUACUGGAGCUGAGCCGGACUUUAGCAUGAAACCCAACGCAUACUUCAUGUUACUGCUCUGUGUCACCUUUAUUUCUUCAUUGGCACAAUAUGAAAACUACAGCUUCAGACGUUUCCCUGGAGAGGAGCUCAUGCCCCUCUCCACUGCUUAUGGGAGGGCACUGGACGCCAGCGCUGCAAGGAACUGGACAGAAUCCAUCCACUACUUGGAGUUAAGUUUGCGUUUGCACAGACUUUUAAAAGACAGCGCCAGACGCUGCACGCAGCUCUGCAGCAGAAGCACAGAGGACCAGCCGUCCUUCAGUGCAGGCUCUGAUCUCAGAGCCCACUGGGCCGUCGUGGUUAAAGCUUCCUGUCAGAGGAGGUGCAGGGCGCACUUUCCUGCACUGCAGCUCCCUUCUCCCAGCAGAGAGAUCCUGGAGGACUUCAGGAGAAGAUCUCCCUACAGAUAUCUGCACCUCGCCCACGUAGAAAUGAAAAACCUCCAGAGGGCUGUCCCCUGUGCCUACACCUUCCUCCAGAGGAACCCUGAAGACCAAGAGAUGCUCCAGCGGAUGGAAGAAUACAAGAACGAGUACGACCUGAACGGCUUUCUUAUCGACUACGAAGAGCAAUCCUUUGAGGUCUCCUUUGUUCAAGGGGUGAAGCUGGUCGCCUCAGGGGAAUUCAGCAGCGGCGUUGAUCACCUGGAGGAAGCUCUGAAGCUCUACCUGGAGGAGUUCAACCUCUGUCAGUCCGACUGUGAGGGCACCUGUCAGCCUUCAACAGCGGCUGACUUCUACACCCUCACAGCAGAAGUGUAUUUGGAGACACUAAAAUGCAAGCUGAGGUGUGAGGAAAACCUGAUGCCCAACGUGGGCGGCUACUUCGUCGAGAACUUUGUGGCCACUCUUUACCAUUACCUCCAAUACGCCUACUACAAAUUGAAUGACGGACGCAGAGCUGUGCCCUGUGCGUACAGCUAUUUCCUGUUUAAGCCAGAGGACGACGUCAUGAAGCACAACCUGCUUUACUAUAAGGCCUACAGCCAGCAGUGGGGCCUGCAGCCGCAGCACUUCACUCCAAGGACGGAGGCUUUCAAACUCUACAACCAGACGGCCGCUCAAACGCAGAUGCUGAGGUUUGCAGAGAAGUACAUGGAGUUGGACUAUGAGGAUUUGUUUGGGUCAGAAGAAGCUGCUCCUUUGGCUUCUGAAUCUCCAGAUGUGGAGUUUGAAGGGUUGGGAGACUAUGAGGAGUCCAUCGUCUCGAGCUGGAGGCAGCCAAAGGGAAAAGGAGAUGUGGGAGAGUCAGACAUCUGAGAUUUAUGGGCUGUAGAGACUCUGGGAGCUCAACAUAUCCAGGGCUGUAUCUGGCUUUAAAAUACUUCAGCUGUUAGUGAUGCUGGUAGUAAGUUGGAUUAAGGUUUGUGACUCUGCAUUUGAGCUGAGAAAAAAUAAAGAGCAGAACUCGACAAACUCAAGACAAUAAAUCAAUAUGAAAAGCUCUGAUAGGUGUGAGGAUAAUACAAUUACAAGAUUAUUUCUGUCAGAUGGGGGGGGACGCUGUAAAUCCUCCCUCAGUUAAUUUCUUCACAUCAAGCUGCUUACCUAUUGCAGAUUCAGUCUUCUCAGCCUGAUGCAGGUCAACAAUUAGAUUUCUGGUGUCCUUAGACAGCUCUUUGGUCUUGGCCAUAGUGGAGUUUGGAGUACAGGUGCCAUUAGUACAGGUAACGAGUGGAGGACAGAGGAUCCUAUU